UAUUGCAUACAGGGACUGUUUGCAGAAUAGCUUUUUAGUCUCCUAGAUAUAAUCAAAGGACAGACCCACCAGAGAGAUUAAAUCUUGAAGAGGGGUUGCUGUGUGUAAUAAUGGGUUGGAGGUGACCCUACUGCUAAAACCUGUGGUUGUAUCUCCUCCUAUCUCAUUCUCUGUCUCAGACACACACACACACACACACACUCGCACACACACACACACACACACACACUGACAUAGGAGGCGGUUCUUUCCAGUCCCUCUCCAUCAGAAACAUCGCCUGGGAAGGCUGCAUCCUCCGGUAGCUGGAACAGGGAAUACGUCUACACUACAUUAGUACUGUUGCUGCUGUCUCCGUCUGCCAGUGGGUCGCCUUCACCGUAGAGCUUCCCCAACUUCCAUUGUGCUGUCUGGUGUGAGGGGAAACAGUCAACGGCCACACAAAUGGACGUGAUGGGGAAGAAAGAGCGCAGGGGCUUAGACCUAAGAGGCUUGCUGAAGAGGAACUGGCUGCUCAUUGCGACUAUUGUGUCGGUGCUUUUAGGGAUAGGCCUUGGUGUGCUGGUCAGGGAAUACGCCUCCCUCUCCCAACUCGACAAGCAGUAUUUUGGCUUCCCGGGAGAGAUGCUGAUGCGGAUGCUCAAGCUGGUCAUCUUGCCCCUCAUUGUCUCCAGCAUGAUAACAGGAGUGGCGGCUCUUGAUUCAGAGGUUUCCGGAAAGAUAGGUCUGAGGGCUGUGGUUUAUUACAUUUCCACCACUAUCAUUGCAGUCAUUCUGGGCAUUGUAUUGGUGAUUACCAUCAAACCUGGCGUCUCCCAGGAGACGGACCACAUUGACAGGACAGGGAUCACACCAAAUGUGACAACCGUCGACACUCUACUGGACCUGGUCAGAAACAUGUUUCCGGAAAACCUAGUACAGGCUUGUUUCCAACAGUACAAGACAAAGCGCAAAGAGUUGGAACCACCUAGUGAAGUGAAGGUGAACACGACAACCUUCCCUCCUCUCUCCACCACUGUAAUGGCUACCAUUUUCCCACCAGAGAACAUCACCAAAGACUACAAGAUCGUUGGGUCAUAUUCUGAUGGGAUCAACGUGCUGGGCCUCAUCGUAUUCUGUGUGGCAUUCGGCCUAGUCAUAGGCAAGAUGGGUGAAAGAGGACGCAUCCUGCUGGAGUUCUUUGACGCUUUAAACGAGGCCACCAUGAGGCUUGUCCAGAUUAUAAUGUGCUACAUGCCAGUGGGAAUACUUUUUCUCAUAGCUGCCAAGAUCAUUGAGGUGGAUGACUGGGAGAUCUUCAGGAAGAUGGGCAUGUACAUGGUGACAGUGAUGACAGGCCUGGCUAUCCACUCCACCAUUUGCCUGCCGCUGAUCUACUUCGCUAUCGUGAGGAAGAAUCCGUACUCCUUCAUCUUGGGGAUGGCCCAGGCACUGGUGACUGCCCUCAUGAUCUCCUCCAGCUCUGCCACGCUGCCCGUCACCUUCCGCUGUGCCGAAGAGAACCUCCGGAUCGACAAGAGGAUCACCCGCUUCGUGUUGCCAGUGGGCGCUACCAUCAACAUGGACGGUACGGCCCUCUACGAAGCGGUCGCGGCCAUCUUUAUUGCCCAGCUCAACAACUUCGAUCUGGACAUUGGCCAGAUUGUCACCGUCAGUAUAACAGCAACAGUUGCCAGCAUUGGAGCAGCGGGUGUACCCAACGCUGGCCUUGUUACCAUGGUAAUUGUGCUGACCGCUGUUGGUCUACCGGCAAAUGAUGUCACUUUGAUUGUCGCUGUGGAUUGGCUGCUAGAUCGCUUCCGUACUAUGAUCAACGUACUGGGGGACGCCUACGGUGCCGGGAUCGUCCAGAAGCUGUCCGUGCGGGAGCUGGAGCGGAUGGACGUCACCUCAGACGUGGAUUUGACCAACCCGUUUGCCCUGGAGACCACCUUGGAUGACGAGGAGUGCGAGAAGAAGUCCUACGUCAAUGGCGGUUUCACCGUCGACAAGACCGAUGCAAUCUCCUUCACCGAGACUUCCCAGUUUUAGGCUCUGGAAGGAACUGGGAGCAGAGAAGUGCCAAUAGCUGCUAGAUGUUAGCCUUCUGGUCCAGUGUGUUUGUAGCCUGGUUCUAGAUCUCUUUGUGCUGUCUUCCCAACACCAAUAGUCGUUUUCACCUCUAGCACAAACAGAUCUGGCACCAGGCCAGAUCUGUGCUUUAGCCAAGUUCUCUCCGCUUUGGUUCAUUGUCAUGUAAACAGAACAGCAUUAGAGGAGUUGGCUAAUAGCACAGUAUGGGACUGAGCUGGGUAGCAAAGUGAGGAGGUUGGAAGCCAUUCGUUAAACCAGUGCUUCUUAAAAGGGACACAACAUAAGACACUAUCAAGCCACAUCAGCAAUAUAACCCGCCAUCUGUUCUCUCUCAAUGCUCUUCCCAGCACUGUCCCCGUUGAUCAGUCUGCUUUUUAACCACAAGCUGGACUCCACAUCGGCCCUUGAAAGAGCUGGGUGUGGAACAACACCUCGUUUCCUAAAUGGCCCUGGUCCAAAAUAGAGCACUACAGAGGGAGAAAUAUGCCCUUUUAGAUGGACACAUGCUCUACGUUACAUAAAGUGCUUCCAUCGUUAUGCUGAUAUGGUGCCAAUAAUGAACACAGUCACUUUUGAAUGCAUUGAUCCUUCUGUAAUUGCUAUUAUCAGAAACCAGAGGUUUUCAAAUCCAAUCCACCACUGUGUGUGUGUGUGUGUGCGUGUGCGUGCAUAGGAAUUCUGGAGGUAGGAUGUUUGUCAGUUUGUGUUUGAGAAAAGAAUAAUAUAUUGCCGGGCUGAGCUGUGUAUAUGUAUUGCAAAAACAGCAUGGAAGAAGUAAUAUAACUAUAUUCCUGAUGUUCACUAUACUGUAUAUUGCAAAGAUUCAAACAUAAUUUUAUAGUGUCUGCUUUGUUUGCUCUUCAGAAGAUUCUAGUCUACUAGUCAACUAUUUAAAUGUCUUAAUUUCUGUCCAAAUUCUUGGCAGUUGUGUUUUCACCUGCUGUUUGAAGUUAUUGUUCUUUAGCUUCUGUGAUCCACUGUAAAUGCACAAUGUGCCAAACAUCAAAUUCAUGUAUUCUUCAUAUCAUUCAUCUUUGUUAAUUAUUUUAAUUGCAUGAAACAAUAUGUCAAAGGAAUACAGUGGAAAACAUUUAAUGAACAUAGACUUGCUGUAUGUCCUUUUUCAAGUGACCAAUGGCCUUUAGAGUUGAAGGGCACAAUAACAAGGUGACAAUAAUUGCGCCGUAGCCGAUUACUGUGAUAUAUUUGGAAAUAUUUUCAUAAUGCAUUGCUAGAGAUAACGGUUUAACCCUGUAAAGGGCCGCUACGUGAAUUACUUGUGGAUGACUUCUGGAUUUCAGAUGGACUUUUAAAGUGAACUUUUACAGUGUAUGAGAAACAAUAAAGAAUUGAGGAGCCUUUGAGGCAAUGUUGUA